CUUAUCCUUGAUACAUUUUUAGGUUUUUUUUUUGGUGAUUCAUUUUCUUGAAUUUUACAUUGUAGCAACUGUUCAUUUUUAAUCGAUUACUUUACCAUCUAAAAUGGUAAAAUUAUGUGCCAAUUAGUCGUACACGUAUAAUCAAAUCAAUAAUUCAUAAUGGAAGACAUAUUUCAUUGGUGUAGAGAAGGAAACACUCUGCAAGUACGAGUAUGGCUCGACGACACAGAAAAUGAUAUGAACCAAGGGGAUGAUCAUGGCUUCAGUCCGUUACAUUGGGCCUGCAAAGAAGGACAUUAUAAAAUCGUUGAUUUAUUAUUAUCCAGAGGAUCGAGAAUUAAUGCCACUAAUCGAGGUGAUGAUACUCCUUUGCAUUUAGCCGCUGCGCAUGGCCAUCGGGAUAUCGUCAAUUUGUUACUAAGAAACAGAGCUGAUAUCAAUUUUACAAAUGAACAUGGUAAUACUCCAUUACAUUACGCCUGUUUCUGGGGCUAUCAGCAAGUUGCUGAGGAUUUAAUUGCCCAUGGAGCCAUCGUUUCAUUAGCUAAUAAAGAUGGCGAUACACCUUUGGAUAAAGCUAGAGGAUCUUUGGCUAAACGAUUCCAUGAAUUAGCUGUUGAAAAUGGCCAAGAUUUGAAAAAAAUCAAUUUCAGAGACCAAAGCUGGUUAGGUUUAAAAACUCGAAGUCGCGACGCGACCUUAUCACGCCAUAAAGGUAUCAAUAUAGCAGAUCUGUCCCUCCACACGAAGCUCGGAGCAUCACACAAUGGCGAAACAUGGCGAGGACGUUGGCAGAAAAAUGACAUCGUUGCCAAAAUCCUCAACGUUCGUAAUUGUACAGCUCGAAUUUCCAGAGACUUCAACGAAGAAUAUCCAAAACUGAGGAUAUUCUCGCAUCCAAAUAUCCUACCGGUGAUCGGAUGCUGCAAUUCGCCUCCAAAUUUAAUCGUCAUUAAUCAGUAUAUGCCAUGGGGAUCGCUUUAUACUCUUUUACACGAAGGAACUGGUGUAGUGGUAGAUGCCGCACAUACGUUACGUUUUGCAGUAGAUAUAGCUCGUGGAAUGGCAUAUUUACACAGCUUGGAACGUAUCGUACCCCAAUAUCUACUCAACAGUAGACACGUUAUGAUCGACGAAGAUUUAACUGCCCGAAUAAACAUGGCUGAUGCGAAAUUUUCAUUUCAAGAAAAAGGUCGUAUUUAUUACCCGGCUUGGGUAUCGCCCGAAGCUUUACAAAAGAAAGCAUCGGAUCGUAAUUUGGAAUCGUGUGACAUGUGGAGCUUUGCUAUUUUAUUAUGGGAAUUGUCCACUAGAGAAAUACCUUUCGCAGAAUUUUCGCCUAUGGAAAUCGGACUAAAGGUGGUCAAUGAAGGAUUACGCGUAGCUAUACCAAAUAGUGUUUCAGCUCAUAUGGCCAAAUUAAUUAAAAUCUGUAUGAACGAAGAACCUGGUAAACGACCCACCUUCGAAAUGGUUCUGCCUAUUUUAGAAAAAAUGAAACGAUAAUUUUUACUAUCGAACUAACCAAUUUGCUACUCACAUAAUGAAUGACCUGGAUGGUAGUCUUCCAGUAUUAUAUGCCUUACAAUCAUGUUUUCUCUUUCAAAUGACGAUUGUUACCUGGUAAUUUUUUUUUACUAAUAUCAAAAGUUUUAUUAAUAGUUUCAUCUCUUCUUUUAUUUUUUUUUGUAAUCUUUCAUUUCUUAUCGAAUAAACAGUUAUUUUUAUUUUA